AUGCUUGGAUAUAUGCUGAACCGACUCCUUGUGUUGCUGCUUGCAUAUGCAUAUCCAGCUUAUGAAUGCUUCAAAAAUGUGGAGAAAAAUAAGCCAGACCUGGAACAACUUCGCUUUUGGUGCCAAUACUGGAUAUUGAUUGCUGCAAUGACUGUUUGGGACCCCUUUGGUGAUGCACUAAUUUCAUGGCUCCCAAUGUACAGUGAAGCGAAGUUGGUAUUUUGCAUCUAUUUGUGGUACCCCAAAACGAAGGGAACGAAAUACGUUUAUGAUAGCUUCUUCAAACCAUACAUUUCAAAGCAUGAAGCGGAGAUUGACCGUACCCUGUCGGAAUUGAAGACCCGUGCCGGAGAUUCUGCAUCUCUUUACAUCUCGAGAGUUGUCAGCUAUGGUCAGACAAGAGCUUUUGAAAUUCUUCAACUAAUUAUGUCGCAAUCGAUUCAAAGACCUCAACCCGCCCCUCAGAAACAACAGCCUGCAGCUGCAGCUCCACAAGACAAUUCCGGUGACAGCAAGCCAUCGGGGGCUGGAAAUAAUGAAGAUACUUUUGGGGCACGUAAUCGGCUGAGGAAAACCGGUUCCGGCGUUGCUCGUUGA